UAAUUUUGGGAAAGAUGUUAAUGUAAUUUUAUAGAGAGUUUAAAGUAAUGAAUUAGUCUUUCGUGGGAAUAAUAAAUUGAUAAACGGUCCUACUUAGACGGAAAUGUUUGUGACAGGAAUAUAUGCUUACGCUGGCUACUCAUCUUAUAACCGCGAUAUAUUUUACAUGCUUGAAUACACAUUGAAUCAAAAUCAAAUUACGUUCUCCUGUUGCGUUUGACUGUAUGUAAUAUUAUUGAUGUAUAUCUAUAUCUAUAAGUGUAUAUAGGUAUCAUUCACCCAUUUCCUCGGCUCCAAUUAAAUUUCUGAAUUACAUCACGCUAUUCAUUUCCACUUGAUUAAUUAACAAUACCAAAUAUUUGUGAUAAUCACAUUUUCAUUGAACUAAUCGGCUAUAUCAUUGUUCGCGACAAAGGAAUUAAUAAAUGUAUAUUUUGUUUUGUUUUUUAUUGUCUAAGAAAUACAAUGGAUUAAAUGAGCUUCAAAAUGUGAAAUAAUGGGAGAUAAAAAAUAGAUAAAUUAUAGUAGAAUAUUUGUAAAGAAGUAGAUUAACGAAAUAACCAACAUACACAAUGCAGUUAAUGAUAUUGAACUCUCUCUUGAUGUUCGAUCUUGUAUUUUUAUUUUUUUUAUUCCUUGUUGGAGUAUCAUGCCUGGUUUAUUAUUUACCUGGUGGACAGGCGAGUUCGAUUUCCCUCACCCAUGAGAUUAUCAACGCGAGAGUACCUCCGCGUGACAAUGAACCCCUUGAUGACGUAUAAGAAUGUCAAAGGAGACAACAGAAAGUCCUACAUUGCCGGUUUCAGCAGGAGAUGUUCUUGCUUUGAGAGGAACCGGCCUCGUCGCCGCAGAAACAUGGGCUUUACUCUGCCAAGCUGCCCAGGCCCUCCAGGAUCUCUUUCUCUCCAACAGUGGAGUUGUGGGAAGUGGCUCGCGGGCGGGGCCCGUGGUUACACCUCACACCCUCGAACUGACACCAAGGGGUAGAGUAACCCUGCAAGUGGCGCCUCCAGAAACAGCACGAGCAUAUUUGCCUCCAGAAUAUAGACCUGGUCGAUUGUAUUCAGAUACAGAGUCAGAAAAGAUGUGGAUGUAUUCCCUUGGUCGAGCUUUAUUGGAUACCACUCCAAGGGUUGCUGCUCUGACAGGCUCUGUGUCAGUUUCACCUCCUUCUGCUCUUCAAUCUGUCCUAGCAGCUAUGACUGAACCAGAUCCACAACGACGAGCUUCUCUUAUGAACCUUUUAGAUGUGAUAUCGGAGUACUGUCGCAUGCGGUUGCUGUCAAAACCAUUUACACAUAUUGUAAUGGAUAUGUACUGGGAGGUGGUGAGGUCACCUCAGUACACAGCACGAAAACGGGCUACAACACAUCAAGUAAGACAAUUACAUCCUUACUAUCAUCAUCCCCGGCGUCACCAUCCAACUAAGAACAAAAGUCAACCUCAAAAUCCACUUUCGGAAAAUAAUCAACAGUUGUCAGGAAACCAUCACUAUUCUAAACAUCAAAAAGGAAAUCUUUUUAAAACUCAAUCACGAAAUUCACGAUCUCAUCCGAAUCUUCCGAGCUUGCUUCAAGGAGAUCAACGGAUAUUGCAAAGCGCAAAGCCUCAAUUUCAAUCUCAAGUCGAUAUAAAAUCUGGAAAUAUACUUUUAGAUGGUCAAGUAAGUCAUUCUCGAACAAACUCUCAACCAAUUUAUUCCGAGUGUUCAUCAAAAAAUCCAUUGAUUGGUGGAAGAGCUGAUAAUCACGUUGCUGAGCCGAUAAAGAAAGAAAAUAAUACAAAUGGAAAUGUUACAAAACCUUCAAUCAGCGGCAGUAGUGUUUAUAGUGAACCAAUUUAUGCCUUUCCAAUCAAGCCAUUUCUCAGUUCGCAAGAUGUAAGAGUCAAUGGUUUGUCGGCUGUCAAGUGGCAUCCACUAGCUGAACGGAAGGAUGUUUACCCUCAGCCAAUUCCUAUAAAAGAAAAUCCCCGGUCUGGAACAUGCUGCACCUGGUCUCAGCCAAGCAUCGCCCACUGUGUGAAAAUAAACGAACACAUGCCAUAUCAACAUGAACAUAAUCCCUUGCAUAUUAAUAAUAAUAAUAACUUCCCAAGUCAGUUUAACCAAGCACAAUUACCAAGACAGUAUUCUAAUGUUGAGUUGCCGGCAAAUAAUCACAACGUCAAUCAAGAUUCUCUAGAGCUGAGACAAAAUCUUGUGAGAAGUAAUACUACUGAGUUGAAUAGAGAAUUAAGGAAUGUUGUAGGAAGUAACGAUGACCAUUCAAGUCAUCAACAGCAACAAAAACAGUAUUUAAAUCGGACACAACAGAAUCCGGAGUCUUCCACAAUACCUCAAGGCCUCCAUAAACCAGUUCCACCAAAGCCACCGAGAAUAGGAUCAAAUUUCAAUGGACAGGCUGUACUUCAUGCUCAGAAUAAUAGCUCUUCACCACCACCACCGCCCCCAAAACCACCCCGAAAUGCUGUAAGGAAUGGGCCAAGGGCUCGACGUGGUAAGCCUAUUCAAAGAGCUCCUUCGAGAUUAUAUCGAACCCUCAGUGGACCAAUGCGCUGUUUUAAUAAUAAGACACAAUGUGUUGGGCCAGAGUUUGUGGUUAGAGCGAAUCAGCCGCCAAAAUUAUUAUCGGUGGGAGAUGCAAAAGGAAAUAAUGUAGGCAGACUGGUAGUAAUUUUAUUAUCUGGACAGCGGAUUGACGUAGUCUGUGAUCGUCAGAAAAUAACAGCUGGAGAAUUGUUUCAAUCAAUAGUUCAAACGGAACAAUUAGAGGAAAAUUUUACACUUGGACUGGCGGCUUUAUUAGCUGGGGACUUUGCUAUGCUUCCGCCUGAGAUAAAAUUACACAAAGUAGCACCUCCAGGAUGGUUAAAUAACGACAAAAAUAAAGGACCUUUAUGUCUUCCAACUAGUUUCAUGCUAUAUCUUAGGCAAAGAUUCUUCUUACCGUCUCUUAGAGGUAUUAGAAGUUGGAUAUCAAAACACUUACUUUAUCUUCAAAUAAGACGGUGUAUAUUGGAACAGCAAUUAGUUUGUACUUUACCUCAACUUAUAAACUUAACGGGUUUGGCUUUACAAGCUGAGUUUGGUAACUAUAACGAGAAUGAACACGGUCGGGGUAAUUAUUUUUUGCUUGAACACUAUGUCCCGGAAACUUUGAUUCUGAGUACUCCUGAUCAACCGAGACCACACUUGAACUGCAAUAUAAAUGUCUUGACAACUCAACUCCAUCGAGCCCAUCAAAAUAGACGAGGUUUAGAUGCAAAUACUGCUGAAGAAUUAUUUAUUACACAUGCGCAAGAACUUGAUGAUUACGGAUUACACCUUUACAUCGCUACGAUUGAAACAAAAGCUUUGAAAAGAAUCAUUGAGAGGCUUAAAAAAGCUCAAAGCUAUAUUUGCCCUAAAGCUAGUGCAUCUUCGUGUAGUAUAAAAUGUGUUUCUGCUACUGAAAGUACUUGUAAAUUGGACAAUAUCAUUGAUUAUCCUGUUGCUAACAAUAUCGAUUACAACUCUGAUAAUUACAGCAAUUUGAAUGCAAUUGUUUCUGCUCCGAAUGAUCAAGAAGUUGAUUACAUAAUUAACAGCAAUGGUAAAGAAAAUGUCUAUAUGGUUCCAAAAAAUUCUUUAAUUAUGAAUUCUAUUGAUAUUGAUAAAGAUUUAAAGAAGAAUAAUGAUGACAAAAGUAAAACAAAAAAAUCUGAGUCUAAAAUAUGGUUUGGUGUUUAUGGACAAGGAAUUAAACUAUUUAAAAGAGCCGGACAGUUUCGAGAAGUUUCGGAAUUAAUCAAAUUGCAAUGGAAGGAUAUCCAAACUUUGAGUUAUAGUAAAAAUAACCUUGUUAUUUACACUAAGUUUAACGGUAAAAGAGUGAAGUUUAAACUAAAUAUGGAUCACAAAAAAAGUUACUAUGCUUUUAAGCUCACUUCUCUGCAUCACCAAUUCUUCUUGAAGCUUCGAUCGGAGCUUACGUCACUUCAGGGAUUAAUAAAAGACUUUGGAGUGCCAUUAUCCUUGGAAAAUUCGGUAACUUCGCCGUUCAAACAAAAGAUUAAAAUAAGUAAAAUGAAAAUAUCGAUUGGAAAUAUUGGAAAAAUAAAGAUUAAUGAUGACACAUGUAAUAAAACAACUUUAGAAGAUUAUCAAAAUAAAGAAAAUGAAAAUCCUGAGAAAGAUUCAAGUGAUUGGCAGCCGAAAAAUAAUGAAGACUCCGUUUGUUAUACACCGGAAGAAGAAGACGACACAUUGUAUGCCCAAGUGAAUGCACGCCUAGAACCGGAAGGAGCUUCAAGAGAUACAGAAGAUGAGAGUGAACGAUCUCAAAUGAAUUUUAAUGAGAAAAUAGAAAAUACCCAAUAUCCGGCACUAUUUAAAGAAGAAAAAAUAUUUAUAAAUAACUAUGAGAGCAUUGGAAAGCUUUGUGAUCGUCAACAAAUUAUUUAUGAUGUUCCUAAAUCAAAACCUUUAAAUAAUAAUUAUGAUGCUUCGAAAGAGGCUGUUAUUCAGCAUCCUGCUGAAGAGCUAUAUGCAGCAAUUAAUAAAACCGGAAAUUCAAAAAAAAAUGAUGUUAAUAAGUAUCGGCUUCCUGAGCAAAUGUGUAAUAUUAAAAAUAAGGAGCUUGAUAUCAAAAGUAUAAUAAAAGCUAAGUCAUCGAGUCUUCCUAAUCAUUAUGAUAGUUCUAAGCAAAGUAUUCAGGGAUCGUCAGUACGAACUCCAAGCUUGCCGAGAAGGUUAGGAGUGAAAAUGGGAACUCGUGCGAUUUACAAUAGUAAUUCAAUACCAAAAGAUUCUUCGGAUGACUUGGAAUUGCUCUCUACACAGUCUGAUACGACUUUAUCAAUUCAGUCAACCGUUUCUGCACAGAGUUCACAACAAGAAUCUCCUAUGACUGAAGCAUAUGUAUUGAAUGCAGAUAUAAGAGUGGACGACGAGUCUUUUCAUCUUUCCAACGACGAAACAAUGUCAACUUCACUAAUGGCAAGACUUGAAGAGUUGUCAUUUGCUGAAGAAAGGAUUCUUUCAACGAUUAAACUCGAAAGAGGUCACGGCGGAAGUAUUGGACUUCAGGUGACUGAAGGAAAUGAUGGAGGUGUCUACGUCCAGGCAGUUUCUGUUGGUGGAUCUGCUGAUAUGGCUGGAAACAUUAACAAAGGUGAUCGGAUAGUUGCGAUAAAUGGUCAAAGUCUUUUAAAUUUCCGCUAUGAAGAUGCUCUAAAAAUGUUACAAAAUAGUUCAUCUGAAACAGUUGAACUUGUUCUUUCCCAAGUAACUGAACGUGCUUCUAAGCAACAAAACCAAUUUCAGAACACUAACUCAGUCAACAAUCACAACUCAAAUGAACAUUUUAAUAAAGGCAACAGUUCAUCAGAUGUCCAUUCAUCAGUGACACGAGAAUGGCUACCUCGAAAAUUAUCAGAUCCCUUGGCAUUUAAUCAAAAUUCAUCAAGUACAUACAAUAGUGCAAGAUCGAGUAGCAUGGACAAUUAUGACGUACAUAAUUUUUAUAAUAUUGAUAGAGCAGUCACGAGGAAUGGAUUAAAUUCAGCAAGUUUGUUAUUGUCUCCUGAAGAUUUUGAUGUUAGUACAUCAAGCCAUCAAGUCUUCAUAUGAACAGUUAAAAGAAAUAUUCCACCACCCGUACCAUGCCGCCGAAAGAAACGUAAGCCUCCUCCUCCUCCAAUACCAAAAUUUACCGAGACCAUCAACAAAACAUGUGAAACUACAACUGCAUUGAAGUCUCAAACAAGUUUU